AUGGAUGAAAGAGCUGAUAAGGACAAGUCAGAUGAGGUCCUUCCUGGUUUUCGGUUCCAUCCUACAGAUGAAGAGCUCGUUGGCUUCUAUCUCAAGCGAAAGAUUCAGCAAAAACCUCUGUCCAUAGAGCUCAUCAGGCAGUUGGACAUCUACAAGUAUGAUCCAUGGGAUCUCCCAAAGCUUGCAAGCACCGGGGAGAAAGAAUUGUACUUUUACUGCCCAAGGGACCGGAAGUAUCGGAACAGUGCUAGACCAAAUAGAGUCACAGGAGCUGGAUUCUGGAAAGCAACAGGAACAGAUAGGCCCAUAUACUCUUCCGAAGGAACCAAGUGCAUAGGCCUGAAGAAGUCUCUUGUCUUUUAUAAAGGGAGAGCAGCAAAAGGGAUCAAGACAGAUUGGAUGAUGCAUGAGUACAGGAUGCCUUCACUCAAUUGUCCCUCACUUCCUAAAACACCAAAAGACAAAAAUAUUCCAGCCAAUGAUGCAUGGGCUAUUUGCAGGAUAUUUAAAAAGCCUAGCUCUGUGGCACAAAGAGUGUUGUCUCACUCCUGGGGUCCUCAAUCAAUUGCAACGACAGAGCCAGAGCUGCUAUCUGCUUUGCAGUCCAUACAAGCCUCCCAUUUUGCUUUGGAAAGCUCCUCUUGCUCACCAAAUCAAUACAACAGCCAACAUUGUUUGCAGGGAUGGCAGCAGCAGAAGCUUAACAGUUCACAAGAUGGCUCAUCAUGUAAAAUCAUUAACUUCAACCACAGUCCAUCUUCACCUCAACUGUCAGAGAAAUACAUCCAUAGCAGUCCGAUCAUCUUGCCAUUUGGAACACAAUCACCACAGAAAUCAUCAGCCAUCACAUCCGUGCUUCUAAGUAUGGCCCCUGGAAUAGUCAAUAGCAUGAAUGAAGCUUUGCCAAACACAGAGAUGGAACAGCUUGAACCAUCCUAUGGAUACACAGCUGAUUGGGGUAUAGACACAAAUGGAGGUAUUGGAAAUAAAGAUGAUGACCCAUAUUCAAGAAAACCUAGUAAUGGAUUCAGUUCAGGCAUUGAGUGCGGAAGUCAACAAAAAAUAAAAUUUCCAUUUGAUUUAGAGGUGGAUUCACCAGAUGAUUGGACCAGCAGCAUGCCAUGUUCACUCCCUUGCCCCCCACCUCCCACAGAAAUGUCAAAUAGCAGCUCCACUGAAAAAUAUUAUGCAUAAUUAGAUAUAUAACACCAAG